CUAAACAGCCUCGCAAGGGGAAGUCCCUUAACAAUGCGUAAUCUGUACGCUGCUACGGCUUCGUCCGAGAACAUUAAUUCAAUAGUAAGUAAUAUGCACUAUACAAUAAUUUAACAUUGUAGUAAAAAUUAUAAUGAUACAUUUACACAGCAAAUAAUUAAUACAAUUGUUAAUUUAUAAACUAUCAGAGAUAAAAAAAAUUUAUAUAGCUAUAAUCAAAAUAAUUCAAUAAUUGACCAAUGAAUUCAAGAUGGCGACUGCCAUGUUUCGCACAUUGUCAACUUCUCGUGCUGUAAUUCAACGAUUGUUCGAUCAUGUUCGGGCUACUAACAUUGGAAAGAGAACUCUGCUCUCAGAGGCAUAUUAUGGAAAUGAAGUUUGGCAAAAAAGGAAGAGGCUAGCUAUGGACAUGGUUGAGCUACAAUUGAAAUUAGAUAGAGACUUUUUGGACUUUAAGAAGCCUGUUCCAUCCAUAGAACUUCAUAUAUUUGUUGAUAAUAUCAUGACAACAGCUCAUCUGCAAACAGCAGAAGAAUAUUUAUACAGUCAUCGUCACUCAAGUGUAGCUAGGCAUUUACGUAAGGCAACAAUUCAUGCAUGGUUCAGGGCAUGCCUGCGCCUAAAUGAGCCAGAGCGAGCCCUCAGGACACUUUCAGACAAGACCAACUAUGGAUUGUUUCCUGAUAUGAUAAUGUUCAACAUACUAAUCGACACAUUCUUAAAAAAUGAGGACUAUACAAAUGCAGCAGUGGUUGCCAUGGAGAUGAUGCAUACAGAAGUACUAGAUGAAACAACACCACUGGCUCAGCAUCUUGCCUUGUAUACCUGCCUGAAGUAUCUCACAAGUGAUACAGAAAUUGAGGAUGACAAAUUACAAAACUUGGGAUGGACCUUAGCAGAUGCCACUCGAGAUCAAACUAGUCUUCUUGCCAGAAGUUACCAUGUGAUUGGAUACAGUAUGAUAAGUGAUAAAUUAAACUCAAGUGUCCGAGCGCUCGAGAGGAUUGCUGAUCUUGCAGAGAAUGAAUGCAUUCUACAGGAAGCAAUCUCCAAGUUAGAGAGUGCAAUAGAAAAUUCUGAAGACCGAGAGAAACUACAGGAUCAAUUCCAGAAUGCAGUUAAAAAACUCCGAGAAAACAAUUCAAUAGUUGAUAAACCAGUUGAUGAUCUUAUCCAAAGUUUAGUUGAAAAGCUUACAAGUUUAGAAGCAGAUGACAUAGAACAAUAUCCUACAAUGCUUUUGGACUGGCACCAGUCCAACGUACAUGCUGUACAGAGGCAGCGUGAUGCCAAAGAAGCCUAUGUACGUUCACUGAAGGAAGCCAAGCUUGAGAAACUCCUGCAGGCCACAGGAGGGGUCCAGUAUUGGCUCGAUAAACGUGAGCAAGAGGCGAAAGGAAUUCAAGAGGAGAAAGAGUCAUUUGAAGAUGUGGAAUUUAUUGAUAAAGAAGAGCUCGCUAAAGAGGUUGAAAUACGGUAGCUACGGAUCUUGAUAACAAUGAAGAGAUUAUUGAAUUGUAAAUGUCAAAAAUAUCGAACUAGAAUUCUGGUAAUGUGAUAAUCAUCCUGGGUUGCAUUUGAUCAAUGGUACUCACCAAUGUCAUCAAGUUAUUUGUUAAAAUGCUCAUAUUUUUCUGAAUAGAAUUCCGAGAUGAUUACGAGCAGCUUAUCAAAAAUAAAAUGUUGCAAAAUGGCA